AUGAUACCGAAGACUGGAACGGAGUACAGCUACCAUAUUUGCGAAUGCGAGGCCGAAAAAAAGCUAGAUCUAUUGAUGAAAGACUACUUCAACGCCGAAGAUUGCCAUGACAGCGUCCGCGUCAUUACCAGUCUCUUGAAGCGUAGACUGAAUAAGAAUAACCGCGGUCCGUAUCUGAAACAAGAGGAACUGCAUGCAGCUGAGGUUCUGCUCUGGAAACUCAUCCAAACUGAGUGCUUUGGAGAUGAGGUGGCGAUACUGAAGAAUAACAACGAGUUACUGAGUAACGAACGUAAAGAACUCGUCAAAUCAAGCACUCUUUGGACACUUUCGCCGAUGAUAGAUAACGAAGGAGUUCUUCGAGUCAACGGACGGAUUUCUGCAGCAAAGAAUUUGGGGAUCGAUGUCAAAUUUCCCAUUAUACUACCGAGGAAGCAUUACGUUACAUACCUCAUCCUGGACGAUUAUCAUCGGAAGCUGCUGCACGGAAACUUCGAGACAGUAGUCAAUGAAAUUCGUCAACGUUUUUAUAUUUCCCGAUUGCGUACAACUGCCCGGACCGUAGCAAGUCGAUGCCAGUGGUGCAGAGUGUAUAAAGCCCGACCAACAGUUCCGUUCAUGGGACCUUUGCCAACAGCUCGUUUAUCAUUGGGUUUUCGUCCGUUCAGCUAUGUUGGCAUCGACUACUUUGGACCAGUUCAAGUAAAGAUAGGACGGUCAUCCGCAAAAAGGUGGAUUUGCUUGAUUACUUGCUUAACAAUAAGGGCAGUCCACGUUGAAGUAGCGCAAGAUCUGUCAACCAGGUCAUGCAUUGCCUGUAUUCGUCGUUUCGUAUGCAGACGGGGUGCACCAAUUGAAAUACACUCCGAUAAUGGACGCAACUUCUCCGGAGCAGAUCGGGUGUUACGAGAUCAGAUCCAGCGUAUCGAACAGGACGCAGCUACAACAUUCACUAAUGCGAAAACAAAGUGGUUGUUCAUACCACCCUCUGCUCCGCAUAUGGGUGGUUCGUGGGAGAGAAUGGUUCGCUCAAUCAAGAAGGCAAUGGCAGGGCUCCCACAUGAGCCCAAGCUCGAUGAUGAUGGACUGCACACGUUAGUCAUUGAAGCCGAAGCAAUUGUGAAUUCACGGCCACUCACUUACCUCCCGUUAGAUGCCACAGAACAAGAAGCGCUAACUCCAAAUCAUUUUAUCAUGGGGAGCUCAACAGGAGUAAAACAGCCCGUAUUGCAGCUUGGUGCAUCUGCAAAAUUUAUCCACAACUCUUGGGACUUGAUUCAACAACGUGUCGAUUACUUCUGGAAACGCUGGGUUCGAACGAAAUGGUUUGGUGAUGUGACACCAAUCAGUCCUGGUGGUCUGGUGAUUGUGAUAGAUGAGACCCGAAGAAACGGAUGGGUGCGCGGACGAGUACUCGAAGUUACAGAAGGCAGAGAUGGGAGAGUUCGGCAAGCUAUGGUACAAACUCCCGGUGGAAUAUUUAGAAGGCCGGUUUCAAGACUGGCUGUGUUGGACGUAACUGAGCAUGAUGUGAAGGACCUCGCCGGUCCUCACGGGGAGGGGGAUGUUGCCACGACUUUGACACCGGCAACACUGUCCACCGAGCCUUCACUGUAA